UGGCUUUGCCUUAACAGUCAGUAACAGUAAAACGAUUUGGCUAAUACAAAAUUGUCCGUGCACACUAAAAAAUCCGUAGCAAACCUCUUAAGGCGAAGGAAAAUCCGAAAGGACUAUGCGACAAGUUCUCUUUGGAAGGAGUGGUAACAAUGCUAGUGGUCGACGCCCUGUUCAAUAGCCUGCUGGUGGUCAGCUCCGGCUAUGCCAUGUACACCUUGCAUCCGGCGAAAACCCCGUACGCCUAUGGGGUGGCAACCCUUAGUCUGAUACACGGACUGCUGGGCGUGGGGCGGGCCGCUUGCAACGAUCACGACGAAUGCAAUCGGGUGCGACUGAUCACAUCGGGUGUCAUGGAGAUUGCCCCGCUGCCGCUGGUCAACAUCGAACUGUACCUGAAGUCGAAUCCCAGUCUGGCCUUUGCCCACAGCUUCUUUUUGGUGCCGCUUGCCUUCGAUAUAGUGGCCAAAAUGACCGAUACCGAGGACAUCUCCACGGAGUCGCUCAAGGAGCUUACACUCUUGGGCAACCUGGUCUCACUGCUCUUCCUGGGCGUCAAUCAGUCGAACAAUAUGUACGGAGCGAUUGCCACUGUAGCCUUUGCGGCCCGCUACGGAUCCUUGAUAAUCGAUCACUACUGGGAAGGACGCGGAUCUGACUUCAGGCUGUUGGCCAAUUCCCUUUUCAUUGUAUUGAUGACCCUCACCCUGUCGGCCAAGUAAAGAGGGAUCCAUAAAUCCAUCCAUCCAUCCAUCAAA